CUCUGCACACCUGCGGCCCUCUGGGGCUCCACAGGAGGGAUAAAAGGGCCUCCUCCUCCGGCCCAGGUUGCCUUGGUUCUUCUCUCUGGUGGGCUAAGAGGAAGGAGGAGCUGGCCUGGCCUGAUGGAGGCGCCGUCAGAAGAGAUGCAGUUGCCACUUGCCAGACAGUCCCUCACCUACAGCAGUGUCAAGCCUCGCUGCCCCCCGACACUGACCAUGGUGAUGGAGGCCGUGAAGGCCCUCAACGAGACGAAGGGCGCUUCGGUCAUCGCCAUCCGGCUCUUCAUUCUGCGCAAGUACCCAGGGGUGGAUCCCAUCCGGCUGAAGUACUACCUGAAAAGGGCCUUGGCCAAAGCGCUGGACAAGGGCUACCUCGUCAGACCCCUCAACUCUCUUGCCCAGGGGGCCACUGGACGGUUCAAGUUAGCAGCAGAGAAACCCAAGCAGAAGAGAGACAAAGGGAAGGCAUCUUCAGAGAAUGAAGCUGCCCCCAAACUGGAGAAGAAAGCAGCAAAAAAAUCAAAAGCCAAGACGGCAGUGGGGAAGCCGAGGAGCCAAGCAGGUGCUGAAGGGGAGAAAAAGAAGGCUCCGAGGGCGAAGCCCAAGGCAGAACCUGGCAAGGGCCUGGCCAAAGGUCCAGCAAAGGCCUCUGAGGGGAAGGCUGCUGCAGCCCCCAAGAAACAGAGGAGCAACCCAAAGGCCUCACAAGCAAAGCCAGCUGGUAAUCUCAAGAAAAUGGCUCCCAAGGCCAAGGCGGCAGCAAAGCCAAAGGGCCCCUCCAAAACGGAAGAGGCCGCCAAGCCCCCUCCGGCUGGGAAGGCCAAGGCAGCAGCCAAGGAAGCCAAAGCCAAAAGUGGGGCAGGCCCAGCCACCGCAGGCAGCCAGGCCAAGCCGUCUGGGGCCAAGGGGAAGAAGCCGGGGCCGAAGAAGGGGGCGGCCAAAGGCAAGGGGAAGAAGGAGGGGGCUGGGGGGUCUGAGGCAUGAGCGGUGGCAGAACUGCUCUGGUAGACAGCAGCCAGUGAGGAAGAGCUGUCCUGUAGUGCUGAGUGUCCAGUACAGGCAGGGGCUGUAUUAGGUGGCCACCUCCAGCCCAAGAACAAAGGCCCACCUGCCAGAAGUGAAGGCAUUUCUACUGGAUCAGAGACCACUAUUUUUAAAAAACUGUUUUUAAACCUUGUGCAUCUUUUCAAUAAAGUUAGUUAAGUAAGCAGUAA